AUGACAAUAAUUGCUUCAAUCUCUAAAAUUGGUAACAUUAAAUCAUCCUCAUCAUCAUCAAUUGGAUCAGGCAGAAAUUCAGCAAUUUCAUUUGGUAGCAAUAAAAUUGCAUGUGGUGAAUGUGGUGGUAGUUCAAACCCAAUGGGAUCCUUAAUUGGAAAUGUUGCAAACACUGGAGCAGGUAAGGUCUCUCAUAUUCCAGUUACUGUUAUGGUUGAUGCAUCAGUUGCUAUGAAUCCAUCCUCAAUGUUACCAAGUGGUGGCUCAUGUGGUUGUAAUUAA